AUGAAGGCGAACGGCAGCAAGAGCAUGUCGGCGCACCUGACGUGUAACCUGGCGCCCAGCCGCGGCGCCGGCGCCGGCGACGACGGCCCGCCGCAGCCCCAGACGGCCACCUGCUGCACGGCGCUGCAGCGAGGCUUCCCGGCGGACGGGAAGCCGACGCAGUCGCGGUUCGCCCCGGUGAGGACGCCCGGCUCGGCGGCCAUGAUGCUGCACGCCGACGACAACGGCCCUAUAGAGGAGGAGGAGGAGCCGGAGGAGGGGGAGGGGCAGCAGCAGAAGCAGGCCACGACGCCGACCAAGAGGGCGGAGACGAUGAUCAAGAAGAUGGUGCGCAAGUGCAAGUCGUCGGUGGCGGACGUGGACGUGGCGCGGCUCGGCGACGGGGCCCCGCAGACGCCGCGUCUCCGGCGCAGCGGCGCCAUCCGCCGGGACUGGAGCUUCGAGGACCUCCGCGGCGGCAACAACGCCGCCUAG